AUGGAGGCUCAACCAAAUAGCAACGGUCUCUUGACCGCUCAUUUUUAUCUCCUUAGAAUAUCUCAAGUCGAAGAACGUGAAGUCUUCAAAGUGUGUUUAGAAUACUGGACUAAGCUGGUUGCUGAAUUAUACGAAGAAACACAGCAACUUUCUGUUCUUGAAAUGCCUUUACUUUCUCUGUCUGGUGCAAUACCUCCUCAAUCUUCCCUUGCAAAUCCUACACUGAGAAAGCAUAUGUAUAGUGAAAUAUUGUCCAACCUACGAGUUAUAAUGAUAGAUCGUAUGGUUAAACCUGAGGAGAACGAAGAAGGGGAAAUUGUUCGUGAAUUCAUGAAAGAUAGUGAUACCAUCACAUUAUAUAAAAGUAUGCGAGAAUGCCUGGUUUAUCUUACACAUUUGGAUGUUCAAGAUGCAGAGAGCAUCAUGUCAAAUAAAUUAAAUAAGCAGGUUGACGGAAGCGAAUGGUCUUGGAACAACUUAAAUAAACUUUGUUGGGCAAUUGGAUCCAUAUCCGGUGCAAUGAAUGAGGACACGGAAAAAAGAUUUUUGGUAACGGUUAUCAAAGAACUUUUGGGUCUUUGUGAACAAAAACGUGGCAAAGACAAUAAAGCUGUGGUUGCUUCCAACAUAAUGUAUAUCGUUGGUCAAUAUCCUCGUUUUCUUAAAGCACACUGGAAGUUCUUGAAGACUGUUGUCAAUAAACUUUUUGAGUUCAUGCACGAAACGCAUGAAGGUGUACAAGAUAUGGCUUGUGAUACUUUUAUAAAAAUUGCCCAGAAAUGUCGUCGUCAGUUCGUUACGCAACAACAAGGCGAAAGCUGCCCUUUCAUAGAAGAGAUUCUUAAUACUAUUGAAAACAUAACAAAAGAUUUGUCUCCUCAACAAUGGGAUCGUAUAUUGGCCCAAGUAAGUCAAAAUUUGGAUGCCCUUAAUGUUACGGAGAACACCAAGAUUCUGGGUCAUGUGCUGAGAACAAACGUUGCCGCUUGUACCGCUGUUGGUAGCGGCUUUUCCGUUCAAAUCGCCCGUAUUUAUGUACCUUUACUGGAAUUGUACAAAGCUGUCAGCCAGAUAAUAUCGGAUACUGUCGACAGAGAAGGCCAAAUUGCUACGAAAACUCCUCGUGUGCGUAAUUUACGAGUAAUUAAGAAAGAGACACUUAAAUUAAUGGAGGUUUAUAUAACUAAAGCGGAAGAAACAAGCACAAUCAUAACGCACUUGAUGCCACCAUUGCUGUCUGCAGUUCUGAUUGAUUAUAAUACCAAUGUUGAACAAGCUAGGGAUGCCGAAGUGUUAAGUUCAAUGGCCACUAUAAUUACAAAGCUCGGGGCUGGAAUUACAAGUGAAGUCCCAGCCAUUCUUAAUGCUGUAUUCGAAUGCACGCUAAAUAUGAUUAAUAAAGAUUUUGCAGAGUAUCCUGAACAUCGUGUUGGAUUCUUUAAACUUCUUCGAGCCAUCAAUCAGCAUUGUUUUCCUGUACAAGCUCCGCUGUUUAAUCCAACCGAAGUAACAGAUCCAUCUAUGACUAAUCAAAGAUUUUUGAGGGAAUAUGUUAUGAAUUUAUUGCAAAAUGCAUUCCCUCACUUACAAACAGCCCAAGUUCAGCAUUUUAUUAUAGGCCUUUUCGAACUGAACAAGGAUUUUGCUAAAUUUAAAUUGCACAUGCGUGACUUUCUAAUUCAACUUAAAGAAUUUGCUAGAGAUAAUGCCGACUUGUAUCUAGAAGAACGGGAGGCUGAAGCAGAGCUUCAAAAGAAGACGGCAAUGGAAAAUGCAUUGAAGAUUCCAGGGCUUGUGAAGCCUGCUGAUUUACCAAUGGAUGAAGAAGAAUAA